AAGCACCUGCAAACAGUACAAAACCGAGAGAGCCCCUCUCCCCACACCACCAAACCCAAAGCAAAAGCAAAAGCAUAGAGAUUCAUUUAGAGAGAGAAAUACUCGGGGGAGAGAUAGAGAUAGUGAUAGAGAUAGAGAGAGAGAAACAAAACAUAAAAGCUAGCAACCCAAACCAAAGAAGCCGCAAAAAAUAAUUAAAAACCAGAAAAAAUUGAGGGGAAAAGAAGGGUUUCGCUUUUUCUUCGGUGUUUUCAGUGCAAACAAGAAGAAGAAGAAGAAGAAGUAGCAGCUACGGCGGAAGUGGUAGAACAAGAAGAAGAAGCAGGAGGAGGAGGAGAGACGAUGCAGAACCAGAGACAAGGAGGAGAGUCACAGACUCAGCUUCAGACACUGAUGCAGUCUGGCCAAAUUUCUGGGAGCUUGAGCUUCAAUGGCACCAUGACUAAGGAAGACGAGGAGAUGUCUAGGUCUGCUCUCUCCACCUUCAAGGCUAAAGAAGAGGAGAUUGAGAAGAAGAAGCUCGAGGUCAGGGAGAAAGUCCAGGCUCAGCUUGGCCGUAUUGAAGAAGAAACCAGGCGUUUGGCUACCAUUCGCGAGGAACUAGAAGCGCUAGCAGAUCCAAUGAAGAAGGAAGUUUCUCUCGUUCGCAAGAAGAUUGAUACGGUUAACAAGGAGUUAAAACCAUUGGGACAGACUUGCCAGAAGAAGGAGAGAGAGUACAAAGAAGCUCUCGAGGCCUUCAAUGAGAAGCACAAGGAAAAAGUACAGCUAAUCACAAGGUUGACGGAGGUCAGUAACCUGGUGAGUGAAAGCGAGAAGUUGAGGAUGAAGAAGUUGGAGGAGCUGAGCAAGAGCAUAGAAACGCUACGCUGAAAUCUUCUGAAGAAGUUGGAGGAGCUGAGCAAGAGCAUAGAAACGCUACGCUGAAAUCUUCUCCCCCCGCUAAUCGAAAGUCUCGUGACUAAUUAGGCCAUGCGUGUGAUGUAUUUAAGUAAAAAGACAGUCUUAAUUAUAUAUGGGUGUUUUUUGUGUCGGGUUGUAAGUUUUCUUCUUCUUCUUCUUCUUCUUUCUUAUUCCGCUUUUGGUUGUCUUGCUCUUAGCUUUUGAUGUCUGACUUUAGAUCCCGAGGGACAUACCCCUGUAAACAGGUUUGUAACAAAAAAGCAGGUCUCAACUCUCAGCUAUGGAUUCUUGUCAUUUCUCUCUUGAUUCAACUUCAAUUUGCCCAUAA